UAUGCGACCAGAUUCACGCUGCUGGUUGAAGAUAGGUCAUAGAAUAGAGCCAAAAAAGUACAAAAUAAGGCAUUUUUCACACCAAUAAUCAUGUCUACUGCUAUGAAUUUCAGCACAAAAAGCUUCAAACCUCGAGCCCCUGAUAAAGGAUCGUUUCCUUUAGAUCAUUUUGGUGAAUGCAAAGCAUUCAAGGACAAGUUCAUGAAGUGCCUGAGUGAAAACAACUUUGACAACUCCCUGUGCAGACUACAGUCCAAAGAGUAUCUGGAGUGCAGAAUGGAGCAUCAGCUGAUGACGAAGGAGCCUCUAGAGAAACUUGGAUUUAAAGACCUCAUGGAUCCUCCUUCUAACCCAACAGAACAAAAUACCAAGUCCUAGCUGCAUCAUAUUAGAAUUCAAUGUAAGAACUUGCAAUGAAAGCAAUAUGAGCAGUGUGUGUAAAUACUUUUAUUUAAAACAAAACAGGCUGUUGCAGUGUAAAGAUCAAUGUUUUGUAAGAUAAUACAUAUUUUAUAUAUAUAUAUUAAAAACAUUGGAGAUUAAA